AGCACAGGUGUGCUCCUGCCGCUGUUCUUCCUCUGUCCGUUAAUUCAAGACCACAGGGCUCCGUGGGCGACAGACUGGAAAACGUGAGAAAGAACAUGUUGUCACGUUGAACAUUCGCUAACCCUUGAAUUAACAUGAAAGUCCCAGAGGAGGAACUAAUGAGCGACAUACUGAAGCGGCUAACGGGGGAGUCUGCGCUCCCUGUUUACAGCAACAUCGAGAAGUUCAGACGAGGGAAGGACGGCUCUUACUUUGUCGCUGAAGACUUCAGUGAAACUGUGAAAAAGAGAGAAAUGGUCAACGCCAAGGAGCGGCUGAGAAUUAAGAACUUGAACACCAUGUUCUCCCGCUUGAAGCGCAUGGUUCCCCUGAUGCGACCCGACCGGAAGCCGAGUAAAGUGGACACGCUUAAGGCAGCUACUGAAUACAUUCGAUUGCUUGUUGCAGUUUUGCAGGAUACUGACGAUGAUGAUGGCAGUGGGACUGAUUUCCUGAAGAAUGCAAUCACUUACAGCCAGACUGAAGGCUUGGGCAGUGACCUUUGGAGAGUGGAUGAUUUGCUGAAUAUGUCAGAGGAACACAUGGAAGAUGGAUUGCCCCCAGAACCAGUGGUUGAGGAUGGAGACAUUAGCAGACUGGUGCUGCAACAUUGUGUGAUUCCUUCAUACCAGUUCAUCAUCCAAGUAGCACCUGAUCAAAGCCCGAUACCUCAGCCUUUCUGAUUGGUGAGGAGCAGAAGAUCUGGAUCAUAAAUGGAAAUCUUACAUGUUGUGGGCCUGUUGCUUUGAAGAAAAGGAUUUUGUUGAAGAAUAUAAAGUUUUAUUUCUUAAUUAAUUUAACUUUUGAAAAUUAACAUUUUCUUUAAGCAGCUUUUAUUUUCAUUUAAAAAACUGUAUCCUUGACAGCCCUGAAAUAAAUCCUUUGAGGCACUGA